UCUGCUUUAUUGUCAAUAAUUCCCCAUCUACAGUACAAUCAUAUUGUCUUUACAAAACCAAUAAGUAGCUAAUUUGUUCAGAAACAUUAUUCCAUUUUAUUUUAUAUUAUUUUGUAUUUUAUACAGUCAAUAACUUAUAAAACUCUCUAAAAUGCACAGCAUCAGACAUUAUGAAUUGUCUCAAAUCUCUAUAUCAUGUCAUUUUUUAUAUUGUUGAAACAUUUUUGAAGUGCCAUUUUCAUGUCUACUUUUAAGACGCACAGGUGGUCACCUAAACUAAAAAAACAUUAUUACGACUGUGGAGACUCUUUUCUUCAGAUGUUUUUCUUCCGAGAAUCUUAAAAAAAAUACUAAAAUGAGGAAACGAGAAAACGCAACAACAGUAGGGAUUUGAUAAGAUCACUGUCAAACCACACGGACUUACAGCCAAUCAGAUACGUGUUCUGGGGACGUUGCUAAUUAAUAUUCAUAAGCCAGGUAUCCGCUGUUUGUUCUGUUCACAGUUAGCCACAUGUACAAUAAUAGAGCCAGAUUGCUAACGUACAUUGUUAUCCCCAUCGGUUUGUAUUUAUGAGAAGCGUCAAUAUCGCUUUAGUCUCAUCCAAAACAUCACAUACAUGCUGACAUGAAAAAAGCCCUCUGGCACUAAAAUGGUUUCUUCCAGCAAAGUGAAAGUAACAGUUAAAGGAGGCAUAUUUCCCUCAAAAUAACUGCGUCACAUUAUCCUAGCACAAAAAUCAUUCAGUAGAGGAGAUAAUAAGACGGACCAGUACAGCUCUGUGUGGAAAGAAUGAGUCAAGUUCAAAAAAACAAAGAUGGAGAUUUUUCUCCGGGAUGCAGUUCACUCCAGCAGAAGAGCUCAAAUUCAGCAGAGCCCAGCUGUGUGUCCAUGAAGAGUGACUGGUCUAUAGAUCCUCCUCCAGAAAUUAAGGGUGGAGACAGGCAUAGUGUCAGUUCAGUCAAGCAGAAGAGUUCAGAUUCAGCAGAACCCAGCUGUGUGUCCAUGAAGAGUGACUGGUCUAUAGAUCCUCCUCCAGAAAUGAAGGCUAGAGACAGGCAUAGUGUCAGUUCAGUCAAGCAGAAGAGCUCAGAUUCAGCAGAGCCCAGCUGUGUGUCCAUGAAGAGUGACUGGUCUAUAGAUCCUCCUCCAGAAAUGAAGGAUGGAGACAGAAGUCAACGUGUAGAUGAUGAUCACUCAUGGCAAAUCAUGCGACCCAGACCAGCAGCAAUAGAACCACCCUGUAAGAAAAUGAAAUAUGAUGAGUCUGUGAAUCAACCACAGGACUUUAAUGAAAGCUUGUGUCCUGUUGACAGACAUGAAGUCCUCAACAGAUUUAGAUCAAAUCUGAAGAGGAAGUUUGAGUGUCUGUAUGAAGGAACAGCGAUGCAGGGAAACCCAACACUCCUGAAUGAGAUCUACACAGAGCUGUACAUCACAGAGAGUGAGAGUGGAGAGAUCAGUAAUGAACACGAGGUGAGACAGAUUGAGACACAAUCCAGGAGAGCAGCAACAGAGGACACACCGAUCAAAUGUAGUGACAUCUUUAGAGCUUUACCUGGACAAGACAAACCCAUCAGAACUGUGCUGACAAAGGGAGUCGCUGGCAUUGGAAAAACAGUCUCUGUGCAGAAGUUCAUCCUGGACUGGGCUGAAGGGAAAGAGAAUCAGGACGUCCAGCUCAUAUUUCCUCUUCCUUUCAGAGAGCUCAAUCUGAUGAAAGACAAAACACUCAGUCUUUCAGAUCUUCUUCACGUCUUUUUCCCUGAAAUAAAAGAAAUGGAAAUAUCCAGUGAUGAAUAUAAAGUGUUGUUCAUCUUUGAUGGUCUGGAUGAGUGUCGUCUGUCUCUGGAUUUUCAGAGCGAUGUGAGGUUGUGUGAUGUAAGUGAAUCAGUCUCAGUGGAUGUGCUCCUGACGAACCUCAUUGUGGGGAAUCUGCUUCCCUCUGCUCUCAUCUGGAUCACCUCCAGACCAGCAGCAGCUGAUCUCGUCCCGUCUGAGUGUGUCCAUCGAGUGACAGAGGUACGAGGCUUCAAUGACCCACAGAAGGAGGAAUACUUCAGGAAGAGAAUCAGUGAUCAGAGUCUGGCCGAGAGGAUCAUCUCACACCUGAAGUCAUCAAGGAGCCUCUUCAUCAUGUGCCACAUCCCAGUGUUCUGCUGGAUCUCAGCCGCUGUUCUGGAGAAGAUGUUGAGUCGAGCAGAGAGUGGAGAGAUUCCCAAGACUCUCACUCAGAUGUACACACACUUCCUGCUCCUUCAGACCAACAUCAAACAUGAGAAGGACUAUGAGAAGAAGGUGACAGAUGAAGAUAUAAUCCUCAAACUGGGGAAACUGGCUUUUCAGCAGCUUGUGAAAGGCAACCUGAUCUUCUAUGAGGAAGACCUGAGAGAGUGUGGCAUUGAUGUGACAGAAGCAUCAGUGUACUCAGGAUUGUGCACUCAGAUCUUCAGAGAGGAGUUUGGCUUGUAUCAGGGGAAAGUCUUCUGUUUUGUUCAUCUGAGCAUUCAGGAACAUCUAGCAGCUCUAUAUGUGCACCUCUCCUCUAAUAACCACAAUAUAAAUGUGUUUGACCAAAUCAACAAACAGAGUUUGCAGUCUAAUGUUAAGGACAGGUUUCAGCUCAGUUCAUCAGAACAUGUUUCAUUAUCUGCUCUGCAUCAGAGAGCUGUGGAUGAGGCUCUACAGAGUAAAAAUGGACAUCUGGAUAUUUUCCUGCGGUUUCUUCUGGGUCUGUCACUGAAGACUAAUCAGAGUAUUCUACAAGAAUUAAUAAAACAGACAAUAAGCAGCUCUGACAGCAAUGAGGAAACAAUUGAGUACAUUAAGGAGAAGAUAAAGAUCACAUGCUCUCCAGAGAAAUCCAUCAAUCUGUUCCACUGUCUGAAUGAACUGGGUGAUAUUUUACUAGUUGAGGAAAUACAACAAUAUCUGAGAUCUGGAACAAUAGCUGAAGUCAAACUCUCUUCAUCUCAGUGGUCAGCUUUACUGUUUGUAUUGUUGACGUCAGAGCAAGUACUGGAUGUGUUUGAGCUAAAUAAAUUUAUUGGAAAUAAAAAUACUUCAAAUAAAAUUCUUCAGAAGUUGCUUCCUGUGAUUAAAGAAUCCAGAUAUGCACAUUUGGAUGACUGUAAUAUCACAGGAGAAGGUUGUGCUGCUCUGGCUUCAGCUCUGAGAUCAAACCCCUCACACCUGAGAGAAUUGGAUCUGUCUGAGAAUAAACUACACAAUUUGGGAAUCAAACAUCUAUCUGAAGGACUUAAGGAUUCUCACUGUAAACUGCAGAAACUUAAUCUGUACCAUUGUGGCAUCACGGCUGAAGGUUGUGCUGCUCUGGCUUCAGCUCUGAGAUUGAACCCUGAACAGCUGAGAGAGCUGGAUUUCACUGAAAAUAAGAUAGGAGAUUUGGGAUUCAAGCACCUUUCUGAUGCACUGAAAGAACCUCUCUGUAAACUGGAGAGACUGAGGUUGUGUCGGUGUGGAAUCACAGAUGAAGGUUGUGCUGCUCUGACUUCAGCUCUGAGAUCAAACCCUGAACACCUGAGAGAACUGGAUCUCUCUCAUAAUAAAUUAGGAGACUCUGGAGCGACUGCUCUCUCUACUGGACUGAAAAAUCCUCAUUGCAAAUUAGAGAAACUGGGGUUGAUGAGUUGUGAUGUCACAAGUGAAGGUAGUGCUGUUCUGGCUUCAGCUCUAAGAUCAAACCCCUUACACUUGAGACAUCUAGAUCUGACUUUUAAUAAACUAGAUCGAGGAGCCAGAGUCUCUACUCUACAGUGUAUACUGGAAAUACCUAAUAAUCUGCUGUCUCUUGGUAUUUAGACAUCACUCCAGUUUUCUCCAGAUCAGCUGAUGGUGAAUAAGAGCUGCUAGAGAGAUGCUACAGACAUAUAUAUAUAUAUAUAUGUAUAUAUGUGUGUGUGUUAUAAAUAACAGGCUUUGUGUUGUAUUUGUGAUUGUUCUUACAGAGUUUGUUUGCACUAUGCAAAAAACAAAUUUAGAAGAGUCUGAUACCUUCUGGAAAGAGAUGCUAUGAUCUGAUGAAAAUUGUCACUUUGUCAAAUUGUCUGAUGAAUUUCAAGCUAUGGAUGGAACGAUUACCGGUUUGAUGAUAAAUCAUGAUAAAAUUCCCCACGAUUAGUAUUAUCAUUUCAUAUUUUAAUUAUUAUUAAUACCGUAUUUUAAUUACAGUGAUUUGAACAUUUAUUGAUGAUUCCAUCUCCAGAAAGAGCCUGUAAUAUUUGGGGUGUAUGUAAUCAUGUAUGUAACCCACACAUUUCACUAUCAUAUUAAUAAUCACUCAUUAUGUCUUUUUGAAUAACUAUUGAAUAGUUUAUAGGUUUAUACUCAUGUUUGGUAUAUGUAUGAGUUUGAAAAUAUUUCCUUAAAACUUUCUAUCAAUCAAAUCUUUGUAACAUAUUCUUGUUAUAGAAAUCAAAUGUCUAAAUUAUACCCUGCAAGGGUGGGACAUUCGACCAUUUGACUUAUAAGAUAACGUGUUGAUUUACAGGUGCAUCUCAAUUUAAAAUGUUGUGGAAAAGUUCAUUUAUUUCAGUAGUUUAACUCGAAUUGUGAAACACGUGUAUUAAAUACAUUCAGUGCACACAGCGUGAAGUCUUUGGUUCUUUUAAUUGUGAUGAUGGCUCACAUUUAACAAAAACCAACCAAUUCAAGAUAAAUAAAAAAACA